UUCCUGGAUGUGAAUGCUUUCCCGACACAAAAGCUCGUAUCCUUGGUACUAAAUCUGAUUACAUGCCUCCCAUUCUUACAACCUAAGCUAUGUGGCAAUGUCUAGAGAUCGGUCUUCUCCCAUGUUAAGUGUUUGCAAAAGGACAAGAAAGACAGUCACCGGAGAUUUGUGUCUUCCUUUGGAUAUAAUAGUGGAGAUACUCAAGAAACUCCCGACAAAGUCACUUGUGAGGUUCCGAAGCGUCUCCAAGCAAUGGUCAACCAUAAUCAGCAGCGACAGAGACUUGAUCGAGUCUAUAGUCACUCGCUCUCUCAGACAUCCGCUCCUGAAGCUUCCUGUCUUCAUCUUCCACCAUUGUGUGCCUGAAACGUUCUUUACUGUUUCCCCUGUUUUCUCUCCGACCACCACCGACCAUGUAGUAACUAUCCCUCGACCAAGCCGUCCCUGCACCUUCCACUAUCAAUACUCCCGAGGCUUGAUAUGUUUCUCUUCUUUCGAAUCUCAUUUGGUUACCAUAUACAACCCUACCACCAGGCAGGUUUUUCCGUUACCCGAGAUCCAAGCCCCAACAAGGUCCGGAUUGAGUUCAUGCUUCUUUGGCUACGACCCUAUCACGAAUCAAUACAAAGUCUUGUCCAUUAUUUUCGACUGUGACGAGCGGAAGCAAACUUAUCAUGUUUUCACAUUGGGAUGUCAGCAAUCUUGGAGGAAAGUGAAAGGCAUUGAUGAAGAUUCCUAUCCAAACGAUUACAGUGUAUGCAUCGACGGGACUAUCUACUACAGCGCAUACAGAAAACCUCGUGAGACUAUUUUGCUGAGUUUCGACCUUAGGUCCGAAAGAUUUGAUCGCGUCUUGGUUCCACAAGCAUUAUCAAAAGCAUUGUUGGCUCGUAUUAAUCAUCAACGUCUGGUAAACCACCUAGGUAAGUUGGGAUGCAUAUGUUGUAACGACGGCGACACAAGUAUCUGGAUUAUGGAUGAUGCCAAAAAACAAGAAUGGUCGAGAACAAUCCUUUGCUUGCCAAACUACCCAGUGAAGUUGUUAGGAGCUGAUGUGGAUACCUUCUCUGGUGCCACCCCUGCUGGAGAGAUUUAUGCAACUCAAUGCAACUAUUUCUUUAAUAAGUCAUUGUAUGUUUACUACUAUGACAUGAACCAAAACAGCUUUAGAAGAGUUCAUAUCGAAGGUGGUGUUCGCGAUAAAACAAAGAAGCGUAGGUAUUGUGUUGAAGUAUUUGCGAUUCAUGAUCAUGUCGAGAAUAUAGUGUCGUUGUAACAAUUUUCUUUUGUAUUUACUUAUUCUCAGUUACUUAAGUGUUAUAUAUGACGACCCACUGCUUUUAUGCUUUGCAAGUGCAGUUUGGCUGGCGACCAUCUAUAUAUAUUUGGAUUCUUUUCCUCUUAUCAUGAGAGUUGUGUGUCAUUCUUCACCCUAAGAAUUAGGCAUGGACAUAAAAAACUGAAACACGAAUCCAAACCUGAAACGUCACAGAAUACAGAAAGGAAAAAUUAUAACCUUCCAGAUGCACUUUUGCUCAUUCCAUUUCAUAAAUGUGUUCAUUGCAAAAUAUAUGAAAACAGAUAAAGAUAUGUGCAUAUGAAAACAGAUAGAGAAAAUCAAAUUAUUCACCCACCUGCGUCUGGUAGAUCCAAAUACCCAAGGUUCCAGAAUGCAAACUCGCUAGAAUCCUGCAAGAUAAUAUUGUAUGAGGUUCCAAUCAAGAACAGCAUAACACAAAAGGUCAAAAAAACUAUAAAAGCAACGAAAAUGCUGCAACUCUCCAUAAAAUUUAAGGAUACCAAGAAAAUUGACGAAAACAAAAUAUGAAUAAACAUGAAACAAAGAUGCAGAAAAGCAAAAUCAGAGGCUUGAAAUUACCAUGGUUCUGUAGGAUGCAGAUCCACACAGUUCACUCUCUCGGACUUUUGAGCAAAUUUUUUCUGAUCCAGGAAAACAAAAAACAGCACAAAUUGAAAAGUUAAACACAGCAUAAAACAGAGAGAGUUAUCCAAAAGAAAUCUCAAAACUACAAGAUGAAUAUAGCAAAACAAUACCUUGAUCUCGAGUCUUAGAGCCUGUUUGUUUCAACAAAACAAAAACGAAAGAAAGAAAGAAACCAGUAGUCAGUCAUUACUCAAAUAUGGUGAAUAAAAAAACACAAAGAAACUUCACCAAAACCUCUUCAACAGAAUCAACAAUGGAACAACCAAACAAAUCAUACACAGAACAGCUAAAAAGCCUAAAACCUAAUACAAAGCGCAAGCAAAUUCGUAUGCACCCAAGCGCAAAAAAAAAAAAAGAAAAAAGAAAAUUACAGAUAUUUUCAAAAUGAAACCGCCAUGAUUCUUAAAUCAACUCCACAACUCCAACAAUGUACACAUUUAUACAAAACCGAAUGGACGAAUUGUACCAAACCGAAAAUAUCUGACUCGAUUUUUUUAAUCAAAUUAUUGUUUUUGAUAAGGUGUAUAAGUAUUUGAGUAAUAAAAAUGGACUGGACUUUAAUUUGAUAAAAAAAAAUUCAAUUGAUAUCAAGUCAGAUAUUUUCGGUUUGGUAUAAGUGAUUUCAGGUCAGAUAUUUUCGGUUUGAUAAAAAAUCAAGUGAAUUUUUUUCGAUCAGUAACAGAGUAAGAUGUAUUGAUAUCACUUGAUUUUGUCUCCCAUUUUCUCAGCUACAAAAGGCCAACUCAUCAAAUCACUGGUUGUGAUCUACUAAGCUUCAUACGCUCCUCUUCCCACCAUUGUUUUCUAUUGAAACUGAGUCUUUUUUUCUCUUCAGCAAGUUUGAUCCUUCUCCUAAUGAGAUCUUCCAUGAUCAAGCAGCUAACCUCUCACGCUGAGAACUACUUCAUAGACUGUUGCACCACGCUCUCUCCAUCCUCCAUCGAGAUAUUCAAACAAAAACGACUCAGCUGAGAAGGCAACUUUCUCGUUCUCUUCUCCUGUCUCUGUGGAAACCUCCUGCUUUGAAGGAAACCCACUACCUUCACUCUUCUUGACAAUGGAAGAUCCAGUAGCGCCGAAACGGAAGGAUUAUUUCGGUUUGAAAGGCCAAAGCCGAAGAGAGAUACAGAACUAGUUGAACCGUCCUUACAAACCACACCGAAUGAGAAUAAAGAACCAGAGGCCUCUGUACUGGCGAGUCCGGUGAAUGCGUUUUUGCUGCUUGAACGCUGUUGGUCGGAACUGUAAUCAUGAAUAACUUUUUCAUCAGAUGUCUUUCCACAUUGAUUACCAUUAUCCUCAUCUUUAGCUUUUCGGUAUCUUUGACAUCAAUCUUCCUUCGUUUUUCCUCUCUAGAAACACAUGUAAAUUGAUUCAAUGACUGUUAAAUAUAUAGGAAUUUUUUAAUAUUUCAACUUUUCUUCUUGAAAAAUGAACUUUUUGUUUUAUAUGUUAUGUUCAAUAUAACAUAUAUAUAUAUCAUGCUUCAGUUAAAUCAACGAAUCAACUUCUACUAAAUCCUAGGCUUCACAUUUUACAAGUGUUGCUUGAACAUGAAUAUUACAUGCAUUAAGAAGAACAAUCAGAUGAAAUUGAAGUACUUGUAAUAAAGAACAAAAACAUGUAACAAUAUAUGAAUCUCCCUCGGUGCAAAAGAAACGACAAUAUAGGACACUAGCCACACUACCAAUUCUCUCGACUCUCUUUUCAUCUAAAUCCUCCCCACAAAAAAAAAACUUAGUCCAAAAAACAGAAUUUUUAUUACAAAUGGAUUCAAAUACUUGAAUGAAUGUGGUUCAAGAAAGAAAGAACGUUGCCACCUCUCCAUAACAGCCAUUCCCAUAAACUGUAAUCUCUACUGACGCGGUGUAAGCACUGCAACAAAACACACAAACAAACCAUAAAGAUCAUUAAGUUACAAAAGAAAAAAACUAUAGAAGAACAGACACGACCGGAUACAACUUGGUAUCAUGUUUCAAGAACCUAAGUCAGGUCGUAGAUACAACUUGGUAUCAUUCCUAAAGAAAAUGCAUUAUCAUAUGGGGAAUCAAAUUAAUCACCAGAAGACAAAAAAUUUCAGAAAGGAUGUUGCACCUUUGUGUAUCUAUACUAUAUUAAAAGGGAUAUAUGAGCUCCAUUGAGCCUAUCCACGUCAGCCAAUUAAAUCAACCAAUCAUACAGUUUUAAUGAUCCACGUCAUCAUCAUCACCACGACUUAUCUCCUCCCUCCUCCUUCAAUUAAUCAUCGUCUCUAUGAUCACUCACGCUUCAGCUUCUCCUAUAUUCUAUAUACAAGCUUUUUUUUUUUGGUUCUGCGACACUGGUCUGUGGUCUCAACUUCACCCGCCUUCGUCUCCAUGGACGGAUCGAAGGAAACGUCAACAAGCUCUGUGAUCAAUUCAAGAAAUCUUCUCGGAUAAAAGUUGAAUCUAGAAAUUCCAACACGAAGAAGAGAAGAUCUUCGCCGUUCUUUUUUGUUACAGAUCUAAAUCAUUUUUAAUUCUUUGGAUCUCUAUCUUCCUCAAUCACCACCACCACCACACGACGACCACCCGUUUGUUUUCGUCGUCCCAGCAUCACCACCACCACCACCACACGACCGUUCGUUCGCCGUCCCAGCAUCACCACCACCACCACCACACAACCACGGUUAGAACUCAUCUCUCUCUCUCUCUCUCUCUCUCUCUCUCUCUCUCUGUUAUGAACGGUAUUAUUUGUUUUAGGGGUGGAGGAAGCAAGGCAAGGCAGGUAUGGUGGCUGGAGGAGGCAGAUGACGGCUUCAGAUUCAGGAAGAGGAAGCUGACGGCGAGUUAGUGAAGAGGCGACGAGAUUAGGUCUAGAUGGAUGUGACGUUUGCCUCCUCUCUGCAACUUGCCUUUCAAAUCCCAGGAUGAAGAAGAAGAAUCGUGGCUGGA